GGUGAUGGCUGGGCGUCAGAGUCUGGAAAUCUUUAGAAGGGAGAACUGACAGGAGCUGCCGAUGGCCUUGAUGUAGAGUUUGAGAGCAGCAGAAGAGUCAAGAAUGCCUCCAAGGUUUGGGGCCUGAGCAGCUGCGUCGAUGGCGAUGCCCUCGGCUGAGACCGGGAAGACCAGGGCGCAGCGGGGAGAGAGGUGGGCGCGGUGGGGAGGACCACGAGCUCCUCCAGGACAAGCGCAAGGAGAAGAGACUGCUGGGGGUGACAGGUUCAUCCAUGAGCGGGACCUGGCCUGGCUGCAGCAGGCAGAUGUGGUGGUGGCGGAAGUGACCCAGCCAUCCUUGGGCGUCGGCUAUGAGCUGGGCCGGGCCGUAGCCCUCAAUAAGCGAAUCCUGUGCCUGUUCCGCCCGCAGUCUGGCCGAGUGCUUUCCGCCAUGAUCCGGGGAGCUGCAGAUGGCUCGCAGUUCCAGGUGUGGGACUACGAAGAAGGAGAGGUGGAGGCCAUGCUGGAUCGAUACUUUGAAGCUCAUCUUCCCAAGCCGGUGGCUUCCUCCCCUGACCCAACCACCUGACUAGACCCCAUUGUAUGAAAUUCUUCUGAUCGCAGACUCUGCUCUGUACCAUUCUGGCCUCUUAGCCCCAGUACCAAAUUAAAAGCUAUGUUUACAAUUCUAA